GAAAACUUAUGAAAAUAGGAAGAAAAUCCUCUAAAUAGGGGUCUCUCGUUUCAGUUUUUGGGGCUGGAGUCUUUGGUUUUCAGUUUUAGGGUUUUCGAUCCCAGUUAAAUUAUGAUUUCAAGCUCGUUCCUUGUCUUGGUUUAGUUAGGUUUACGUUUCUCAGGUAAAUUCUGAUUUCUCAUUCCUCUUCGAGUCUUGGUAUUGAUAACUAGGGUUAGUUUACGAUUGAAUUCUAAUUUCAAACUCAUUCCUCUCCGAGUCUUGGUUUUCUUAGUUAUCAUUGGUGUACGAUUCCCAGGUAAAUUGUGAUUUCGAGAUCAUUCCUUUUUGAGUCUUGGGUUUCUCAGUUAGCAUUGGUUUACGAUUCCCUGAUGAAUUCUGAUUUCAAGCUUGUUCCUUUUUGCGUCUUGGGUUCUCAGCUAUUCCCGGAUGAAUUCUGAUCUCAAGCUAGUUUUUACGAUUCUCUGGUAAAUUGUGAUUUCAAGCUCAUUCCUUUUUGAAUCUUGGAUUUUGGCUUGGUUUACGUUUCUCUUGUAAAUUGUGAUUUCAAGCUCAUUUCUUUUUGAAUCUUGGUUUUCUGAGCUAGCAUUGGUUUACGAUUCCUAGAUGAAUUCUGAUUUCAAGCUUAUUCCUUUUCGAGUCUUAGUUUUUUUAGCUAGCGUUGGUGUACGAUUCGCAGGUAAAUUCUGAUUUCAAGCUCAUUCCUUUUUAUCGUCAUCAAUUGCUGCUUAUAUUAUAUUAAGUUAUGUCAAGGAGCAGGAAACUCCAAAACGGUUGUGGUGAUGAAAGUAGUAAACCCAUGUCCACCAAAGCACCAAAACUGAUGGAGAAGAAAAGAGAAUAUAGCAAAAAGAAGUACCUUCAUCAAGAUUUUGUUAUGGAAGAAAUAUUGACCAAGGUUCCAGUUCGGUCACUGCUCCGUUCUGGUGCAGUCUCAAAACACUGGGGUGAUUUUCUUCACAUCUACCAUCCACCCAUCUCCGGGGAAUGUAUCUUUCACGCUCACACCAUCUGUCACGGAUUUGGUUUUGAUUCCUUAGCAAAGGAGUACAAGUUGGUAAGUGUUUUCCGUACCUCUCACCAGCAGCUUAACAUUGUUGUAUUUACAUUGGGGACUAAAUCAUGGAGAAAUGUCACUACCACAAGCACACACGUCGCAUAUCAUGGUCAUCCUAUUACUUGGAUUAGAGCGUCUACAAGUAGUGACAGAUCUGCCAUCUUUUGCAAUACUGGUAAUGGAUGUUUGGUUUGGAAGAUAAUAACAACUAUCGGGGGAGGAGAAGGAGCUAACGGUACCGAAAAUAAGAACAGUGAUAAUCAGAUGGAGAUGUUACUGUCUUUCAAUCUCCACGAUGAGAAGUUUAGUUUUAUCCAACUCCCAUCUAAAAAUACAACUGAUGAGCAGCGGAACCACUUGCUUGUUGCUUAUCCCCGUCUUCUGGAGUUCAAAGGAUUUCCAUGUAUUGCACAUUUAGAAAAAACACUGCACAAUGGAACAAGUGACUGUAAUCAUCGACGCCUACAUGACCAUCACGAUAGUAAUAAUACUAUUUGCUGCUGUUGUUGUAAAGUUCAUUUGUAUUUAUUGAAGGAUAAAGUCAAGCAAGCCUGGGUUAAGGAGGAGAGUUUUGAUGUUCGUGUAGACUCUCCUUGCAAAUUGUUGGUGGACUUGCCACCAGACCCCUGCUGUUUUUGCAUAGGCAAUACUAGCACACCUCCUACUCGCAUCUUCAGUUUCUCUGACCAGAUUUUACUGUACUGGUUCGAUGGGAAACAUUUACAAGUUUACAACUUGUGUUCCAAAAAACUUACUGUGGUGAUGCCUCAGCAUGCUGUAGAGCGUGAUUUCUUUGAUGGUAAGAUGAAAGCACCCUCAUACGCUUGUGAUGAUGGUGAUAAUAUUUAUUGCUCCAAUAUGGAUUAUCAGCUGCACUGCCAAGGAGAGAACUUUCUUUCUCUGCAAUCAUUCGUACCUGAAGGAGUAGCAGGAGUUGAUGCUGCUGAAUUUGAGGAGUUGAAUUUGCAGACGGAAGACCCACCAUAUACAGCAUGUGUGUAUGUGCACAGAGGUUCAGGAGUGUAUUUUUCAUUCCUUUGAUCAUAUUUAUCUUAAUAUCUUGUUUUGGUAAUCGUGAUCAGUUCACCAGAUUAAUGUAGUAGUUAAGUUUACUACGGGCAUGCUUUAAAUAAGAGGAUCUAUUGAUGAGCUUAUAUCAAGUGAAAACAUCAUAGAUUACAAGGAAGAAUCAUGUGAAUUGUAUCAUAUAGCUUUGGUUUCUCUUAGUGUUGUUGUUGUCUGUAUGCUGUUUUAGUUGUUUGAGCUAGGCUUUGCAUAGGCUGUUGUAUGCACUGUUAGGUGCUUUUAUUUUCAUGUAUGCUUUUCUAUUUUCUCUGAUCAAUAUAUUAAACUUUCUCCUCAAAGAUUUUCUUUUUUCGAUACAACAUUGUAAUAUUUUGGACUUUUUCUGUUCUGUUCUGUGUAUCUUGGUAGCUGAUUUCAUUUUCCCUGGAAGGGCGAUGAAGCCACUUCAAGGAGGCUGGUUGUUGAUCAUGAACUUCGCCCCAAAAUCAGUGUGUAGACGUUUGUCUGCUUUAGCAGUAAUCACUUUUGUGUUUUCAUUUUCAGAAGCUGGAGAAAAAGGUAUACAACUGAACUGAAUAGUCUUUUUCUAUAGUUUUCAUGGCACUUAAAUCUAAAUUUGCUCAAGUGAGACCUUCUUAGAUGAGCUGCAAAGUUAGUUGCAGUGACAGUGAUAAGUGUCACUUUCUUUGUGUAUUUGCUAAGGUUUACUACUAGUUGGAACCAAUUAAUAUGAAUUCGACAAGCAAAGCGUGGAUAGCUGCUGUUAGUGUUGGUGUUGUUGAAGCAUUGAAAGAUGAUAGAAUUGCGCUCUAAGAUCCAUCCGUCACACAAAGAAUAGACUAAAAUCAUAUGUUUCUUCAAGCAACUUAUUCUAUGCCAGCUAUCAUAUAUUUCUUCAAGCUACUUAUUCUAUGCCAGCUGCUUUUGUUAUUCCCGACCAGACCUGAUCUAUCAUAUAUUUCUUCAAGCUACUUAUUCUAUGCCAGCUGCUUCUGUUAUUCCCGGCCAGACCAGAUUAUGAGAGAGAUGAAACAGUUGGAUGAAUCACUUUAGAAAAGUAGCAUUUUAGUUGUUGGGGACCAGUUGAAAUCUUAAACCCCAAUUCUAGCUAAGCAUAUAACUGGAUCUUGAUCUUAUCUGAGUUAUGUGCCCCCAGUUAGUUAACUGGUGCUUGUCUAUAUACAUUUGUUACUGGACAUUUGAGUGAUCCAAGCUCAGCUCAGGUUCACAACACUGGAAAAUUAUUGACAAACUGUGGUAUACAUCCUGGGAUGCCUACACCAUUACCGAUUAUAAUGGCCGGCCGAGUAUUGUCUUGACAAACUGUGGUAUUUAUCUCCCUCUAAUUCUGGAUUGCCUGACGAUUGUCUCAUUUUGUAUUGUGAAGCUUCAUUUGAUGAUAAUUCUAACAAUUUUGGUGUGGGUGCUGUAUGUUAUGAUAUGACAGGUAAUUAUAAAGGAUGCAGAAUAGUUCAUGGCAGUGUGGAAGCACUACAUUGGAGUAUUAGUAAAGGCUAUAGCCACAUCUAAUGUUAUUUCUAUUUUGAAUAAAAGUGGAGCCCAAAUUAGUUGGGCUGCCAGUUCUAUUAGAUGAUUGUUUAGUACUAUCAAACAACUUAGCUUUCUUUAAAUUCGAGUACAUUAGUAGAGAUUAUAAUUCUAAGGCUCAUUCUGCAGCUAAAUAAAACAGAAGGCUGAAUGUAACUGGUUCAUGGGAAGUUGAUCAACCUCGCUUCUUGAAUCAUAUCUUGUAAUCCUUUUCUUAUUUUAA